AUGGCGCAACCUGUCGUAUCCUGGGACUCAAGCAAUAUAACUGAGCUCCCCAGGAUUAAUCCCAACUUGUCAGCUUCCGUCAUGAACAGUCCUGGGGGUAUGAAUUCUUCUGGGUCACUGAACAUGCAGAACUCUACAAACCAAAGUAUCCUGAGCGCGCAGGCUGUUGAUUCCAGUCCUUAUCUUCCGCAUGGACUUCCUAACGCAGCCAGUGGUCUCUGUCCAAACAUAUUUGGGACACCUACAACACAUAGCGGCCUCUCUUUUUCUCGGGUUCCUGACCAAUUUGCUACGUUUCCUCCGCCAUACUUGCACAGCAAUGACUCAUUUCCUAAUAUGCAGAACCAAUUUGGCGAAUCAGUUAGCCUGGACAGCACUGAACAGAUUCAGUACGGGAAUAAUGGGCCUCAGGGGUCUGAACUUUCUCAAGCAGGCUUUCAAAGAUCAUCUGCGAUGACUGGGCAGACCAUUCCUCCAUUCGUACCUCCGAAUACUUAUUAUCAAGACGUCUUUCCUUAUCCCGCUCAGGCUUUACAGCAGCUUAUACCAUAUCAAAACACGGCACAAGUUCCGAAUGCUGCUAAUACCCAGUCGGCAACACUAGGGGCAACGGGCCAGAAUGUCCCUAUAGCUCCUUCGCUUAAUCGGCAGGCAUCAUUUCGAUCUCGCCCAUAUGGCCAGUUUCCACAAGCAGGGGUUUCCCCUACAUCUACAUCGAUUCAUCAUAGGCGGCAGCAUCGCACUCAUAGUAUUGCUUCAAGUUCCCCAUCUGUGCACCAGCUACAUAGUAGGACAAAUUCUCAGAAUUUACAUUUGCGAACUCGGUCUAUAAGGGAGCCAAAUACCUCAAAUGGACUUUCCCCACAUAUCCACAGGAAUCACAUUACGAUGACUGGAACAUCGCACGUUUUGCCCAAUACGGGGAGCGAGACUCAGUUGCCCCCACCACUUACUCAGCAGGAACAAAUUGAGCUCUCUCGAAGACUCCAAAUGAGAGAGCUACUGCGUUCCGCACGUUCCAGUGAAACGCAUGCUUUGCAGCUAUAUGAGGAAAACUACCUUCGCCGCCAUCGUCGUCAACAGGAAGAAGCCGCGUCGCACGCAAAGGGGCUUGACGAUCAGAAGGAUGGGCGUCCGGAACCCAAGGAUGACGAGGAGCUGACUGUCAACCUCGAGUGUAAAAUCUGCAUGAGUCAGCUUGUGGAUACUGUACUCAUUCCUUGUGGACAUGCGAUUCUUUGCCGCUGGUGUGCUGAGCAGCAUGCGCGGUCGGAUCGGUCUCGACCAAAGGCAGCGGUGCUAUGCCCGCUCUGCCGCACUCCUGUGAAGCAGAAGGCAGCUCCGCAUCUAUCUCUCCUAACCUACUACUGUAAUGGAGGAUACCAUGUGUGGUGGAAUCUACGAUUUACGACCGUUAUGUAG